AUGAACGGCGCACCAGACGCAGCGGAGGAAAUCGACCUCUACGGGAUCCUAGGCGUGCCCAAAGAUGCCUCGCAGGCAGAUAUCCGCAAAGCGUACCGGAAGAUGGCUCUCCAACACCACCCUGACAAAGUGCCUCCCGAGCAGCGAGAAGAGUCCGAAGCUCGUUUCAAGGCUGCCAGCCAGGCCUACGAGAUCCUUUACGACGACGAAAAGCGACACCUUUACGAUGCCCACGGCAUGGCGGCCUUCAACGGCGGCGGCGGGCCCGGCGGUAUGGGCGCCGAAGUCAACAUGGAAGACAUCCUGAACAUGUUCGGCAUGGGCGGCGGCAUUCCUGGAAUGGGUGGGAUGCCAGGCAUGGGCGGCGGCGGGGGACGCCGAAAGAUGCGGCGCAGCCCGGACGAGAACCAAAAGUACGAAGUGACGCUGGAAGACCUGUACAAGGGCAAGACGGUCAAGUUCUCGUCGACCAAGAACGUCAUCUGCUCCAAGUGCAACGGCACCGGCGGCGUCGACAAGGCCAAGCCCAAGGAGUGUUCGGCGUGCAAGGGCCAAGGUGUCAAGCAGAUCCUGAGCCAGGUCGGGCCCGGUAUGCUGACGCAGCGCAUGGUCGAGUGCGGCGCGUGCGAAGGCACCGGCGAGGUCUGGAACCCCAAGGACAAGUGCAAGAAGUGCAAGGGCAAGAAGGUCACCGAGGAGCGGAAGCAACUCGAACUCUACAUCCCGCGGGGCGCCAGAGAGGGCGACCAGAUCAGACUCGAGGGCGAGGCAGACCAGGUGCCUGGCGCCGAAGAGACGGGCGACAUCAUCUUCCACCUGGUCGAGCAGCCGCACGACGUGUUCCAGCGCACGGGCAACGAUCUGUCAGCCAAGCUGGAAAUCACCCUCGCAGAGGCCCUCGCCGGCUUCCACCGCGUCGUGGUCAAGCACCUCGACGGCCGCGGCAUUGAACUCCUCCACCCGCAGACCCCAGGCCAGAUCCUCCGCCCCGGCGAAGUCCUCAAGGUGCCCGGCGAAGGCAUGCCGUUGAAGCGCAGCGACACGAAGGGAGACCUGUACCUGGUUGUCGAAGUCACUUUCCCCGAAGACGGUUUCUUCACCGACCCGGCCGCCCUCGAAAGUCUCCAGAAGAUACUGCCGGGACCUCCUCCGCCCAUCGAGGUCGAAGAGGCCGACGAAGUGCCGUUUGAGGUUGCGGACAUUGACGACAUCGGUGGCCAAGAGGCAGGAAACGCGUGGGAGGACGACGACGGUCCCCAACAGGCCCAAUGUCAGACCCAGUAA